AACCGGCAACUUAGUGGUGAGUCAGUAUACAAAUCGAGGUCAGGAACGACAACACACGAUUUUUCUCUUGUUUAAAAACUAGCUUAUUGUUCACUUUCACAACACUAGUACUUGUACACAUAUUUAUAUACAGUGGGAUUUAAAGGAGAUAUUGAAAGAGCUAUGGCAAAAGGAGAAGGAGCCGAACAGUCUUCAAAUGCCACAUUAUUACAGAAACCUGCCAGUCAAGAUGAAAUUAAAUUAGCCAGCAAGCAUGAACAGAGGGGUCGGCUGUCGGUGUGUAGCAAGUUGUGCUAUGCUGUUGGAGGAGCGCCCUAUCAGAUCACGGGAUGUGCUCUAGGUUUCUUCCUACAGAUUUACCUUCUGGAUGUGGCACUGCUGGAUCCAUUCUAUGCUUCUAUCAUCCUGUUUGUGGGGCGAGCCUGGGAUGCCGUCACUGACCCCACCGUGGGCUUUUUGGUCAGCCGAAGCCCUUGGACCAGAUUUGGCAGAAUGCUACCAUGGGUUGUUCUGUCCACUCCUUUUGCAGUUCUGUGCUACUUUCUCAUCUGGUACGUUCCACCUUUUGAGGAUGGCAAAGUCAUCUGGUAUCUUGUUUUCUACUGUCUCUUCCAGACUCUUCAGACAUGUUUCCAUGUGCCAUACACUGCCCUUACCAUGUUCAUCAGUUCUGAACAGAAGGAGAGAGAUUCAGCCACUGCUUACAGGAUGACUGUUGAAGUGUUGGGAACUGUCAUUGGUACUGCCAUCCAAGGCCAGAUUGUGGGGCUAGCCAACGCUCCAUGUAUUCCCGUCGGCGACGAGUUCAACGUCACAACCACGAUGUCUAUGUCAGAGGUCAACAUCAGUGAGCCACGUAUUUCAUUGACCCAUACGAGAAACGCCUAUAUGAUUGCAUCUGGAGUCAUCUGUGCUAUCUAUAUCCUGUGUGCAAUUGUACUCUUCUUUGGCGUGAGGGAAAUCAAAGAGAUCAGCAAGCCCAAAUCAGAGCGCAUGUCUUUUGUCCAGGGUAUCUGCUUGGUGAUGAGACAUGUUCCCUAUGCCAAGCUGGUCAUGGGAUUUCUCUUCACCUCUCUGGGUUUUAUGCUCCUGGAGGGGAACUUUGCCCUUUUCUGCAGCACCACUUUGGGUUUCCGAAACGACUUCCAGAACAUCUUACUUGUCAUAAUGCUUUCUGCUACUCUUUCCAUUCCGUUCUGGCAAUGGUUCCUCACUCGCUUUGGCAAGAAGACAGCUGUCUACUUCGGCUCUUCGUCUGUCAUACCAUUCCUGAUCCUGGUGGCGUGUGUGGAGAGUAAUCUGGUUGUGACUUACAUUGUAUCUUUCAUGGCUGGUGUCAGUGUGGCCUCUGCCUUUCUUCUGCCAUGGUCCAUGCUUCCUGAUGUGGUGGAUGAUUUCAAAGUGGCCAAUCCUGAAACUCAGGGACACGAAGCCAUCUUCUAUUCCUUCUACGUGUUCUUCACCAAGUUUGCCUCCGGAGUCUCCCUGGGAAUCUCGACACUUAGCCUUGAUUUUGCUGGGUACAUCACAAGAGGCUGCUCACAACCAAAGGAAGUGCAUUUGACUUUGAAGAUACUGGUUUCCGCUGCUCCCAUUUUCCUCAUCAUUAUUGGGCUAAUCAUAUUUGUGACUUACCCCAUCAAUGAGGAGAGACGACAGGGUAACCGGAAGCUUCUUCAGGAACAAAGGGACAAUGAAGUUGAUUCAGAAACAGAUUCCACCGAGCUGGGCAAUUUGGUGUAAAAGCAUUGGAGCCGACAGGACGCAUUCAACCUUUUGUUGGUUGGUGGCAGAUAUAGGGACCAACCAAGCCCAAACAAAUCAAAGAAGACAUGCAAGCAACCAAACUGCACUCUCUUUGCCAACAGUGCCACCAUGAACCUUGCUCAUAUUACAGCAACAUCAAACACAGGAUCACAAGAUUCCUUCAGCCUUUUCUUUUUUACUGUUUACAAGUCUAAACAGCUCUGUCCCUCCCAGUUCCACUUUUCAAAUAGUUGCAGAGUCCUCGAAAUGCGAUUCAACUUCGUUUCUGUUUGGGUUGCUUUGCCAGUAUUGGUGCUACUUACUCGAAAAGGGCUGUUAAAAAUCUUGAAAACAAAAAAACGAGUUAACUUGAAAAGCUGCUUUACGCUACUCUGUCUGCAGAGUGACAGGGAGAAGCCUGAUAUAGCUCUGAUUUGCAGGGCUUAGACAGACGUUUUGACCAUUUUUGUGUCAGAUCAAUUGUCUCACAUCUGUGUGUGAUAUAUAACAUGACUGAAACAUUUUUCAGACAAGUGAUUUCUAAUAUAACGGAUAAUACACCUCUAACGGAAUAUUUAUUUAAGACUUUGUUCUAUCCUGUUGAACAAUGGGGAAACCACAGCAACAUACAUUCAGUGCCAGCGAUGACUUUGUAGGUAUUUUUAUCUUAACACGUAGGUGUGCUGUAGUUUACGUGGUUUAACGGGUUUUGGAGAAAUGUGGAUUUUGUUUUUUUUCCCAUUGAGUACUAUACUACUAUAAAAGAAUUAGAACAUCCUCAAAAGUCAGUCUUUUCCCUCAAGAGUUUUUUUUUUUUUUUUUACACCAGCAGUUAAACAAAGAACCACACAGAAAUUCUGCUGAAUAGUUUUGCCAAAUCAUUUCCUCUACGGUUGGACGUACCUAAGUAGAGAUCUUGGCACAAUUUCAUAACAAUUCCCAAGAACCAUUCUCAUAGUAGAAACUGGGUGAGCAACUCCCUCUGAUAUGAGGUGAUAAAUUGUAUUUAUUUCUUAUUUUCUUAAUAUUGUGUAAAUAUAAAACACCAAUGUUGCUGACUUUGGUAACAUGCAUUUUGUACUUAUAUUUAAGGUGAAGGAAAAAACUUGAUGGUUCUUUCAACUGAAAGUAGCUGAUGAGUCACACUAUAUAAACUUAACCUCAAAAAAAAAAAAUGCUAGAGGUUACCUGCAGUAUCUUUACUUGUACUGUUGUCAGAUAUAGUAGUAAAUACCAGAAUCCUUUUUAGAAAAUUCUUCAUCCUCCGUGGUCAUGAAAUUAAGGUAUGUCAGCUUUAUAAAUGUGAAUUUGUGAUACUGGCAUUUAAGUUGCCAUGCUCACAUCAGUUGAUUUGAACUUGACGUUGUUGAAACUGUAGGGAAUCAUUUUUUCUGCUGUUGUGUUUCUUUUACGCACACACCAUCUUUGGACCCAUAAGAUUGGAGUUUUCAUUUCAUGUACUGGCAUGGAGUGAAAUGACAUGUUGAUAUACAUUUGUAUAUGUUGUCAUAUGUUAAACAUAUAACAAUGUCUUUACAGAUGAGAUCACAUCAACAUUUUAUCAUUGCGCUUUAUAGUGCAUAUGUUUGUAUUGUAACAAUGUUUUACACCUCCUCAUCACUAAUGUAUUAAGCAUGUUUCAUUAUCCAGUAAUCAUCAUUUUACAUGUGAUAUUGUUUAAUGGACACACGUCCUUCUUUCUAUCCAUGUACUGCUGCUGUGGGGCUGAGUAUUCAAAUGGGAGUCGUGUUUUCUAUUUCUCCUUCAGCCAUUAUACCAGACAAUACACUUGUUUAUAUGUAUAUAAUGUCUGUACAGUACUUUGUAAAUGUCUGCAGAGUUUUGAAGUUCUGUUUGAUGGAAAUGUACAGUUGUCUAGUUAUUUAAAACAGAUGUUAACAAUGACACGAUUUUGAAACAGUUGUAAAUAAAGAC